AUGCCUACUUAUCUGCCUGCCUGCCAUGCUGAGACGUCGUCACGCCUGCCCCGCUGCCCGUCCGCACAAGCAGGGCUGUCCUCGACUUCAACAAGAAAAAACCCGCUGCCGCAAUCUCCUAGACCAGUGAACCGCCCUAGUCAGCACUCCACUCCUCCAUCUAUCCUGACUCGGCAGCAGCUGUCGAUUGCCCUUGUUGCGUCACACUCUCUCCAAUACCCUCAAGGGUCGUACCCUGCACCUUCCUCAUGCCUCAAAGGCUACUGCACGACAUCAACCAUGGUACACUUGCUGUCAACACCGCCAGUUCUCAGCCAGUCAGGCCGGAGCAUCAAUACACACCCACAUGCACCUUUACACAUGUACACUCUUACCGACACUCCUACUACUACUCCUCCUAACCCAACUAAACUCCAAUUACGCCCCAACGCAGGCCUGUCGCCACAAGUUCCCUCAUUCUGA